GUGUAUGUGUGACCUAUUCGACACAAACUCUUAAACACUAGCAACGAAUUAUAACCAAAGUACACAAACACUAUUAAUCCCUUUCAUAAAUUAACAAAUCCAAGUUGACUUCAACUACAAAUUCCAAAUUCCAACUUUUCCCCCAAAAAACCCUCUAGUCUAUUAGGUCCCUUUUUCCUGGUUCUCAACUUAGGGUUUCUUGUUUUUUUUUUUUUUUUUUUUUUGGUGUACAAGUACAAAAGAAAGGAUUUUUAGGGUGUUUUGUGACUACAUUGCAUCUUGGGUAUGGAAGAUUUAGACAAAAGCAAGCUUUUUUGUGGUGGGAUUCCAAGGGAUACAAGUGAACAUAUGCUUAAUGAGCAUUUUUCUAAGUAUGGCACUGUGGUUAGCUCUGUUAUUGCUAAGGACAGGGAAACUGGUAGACCUAGAGGAUUUGCUUUUGUUUCUUUUUCUGACCCAUCUGCUGUUGAUAAAGCACUACAAGAUACACAUGAAAUUCUUGGAAGAAUGGUAGAGGUGAAAAAAGCAAUACCCAGGAGUGAACAACACCAAAGUCAACAACAGAGCAAUAGAGGUUUGAAUAGGAAUUGCAGAACUAAUGAUAGAAGCAAUGAUCAGUUUAGGACCAAGAAGAUUUUUGUAGGGGGUUUAUCAGCUAACUUAACUCAGGAAGAUUUCAAGAGUUACUUUGAAAAGUUUGGUAGGAUUACUGAUGUUGUUGUGAUGCAUGACAAUGUUACUCAUAGGCCAAGGGGAUUUGGUUUUAUUACUUUUGAUUCAGAGGAUGCAGUUGAGGAAGUUAUGCAGAAGAAUUUCCAUGAACUAAGUGGAAAGCUUGUGGAGGUCAAGAGGGCUAUACCAAAAGAUGGAAAUAACAUUAGUGGUAAUGGUUAUCAUUCUGGAAUAGGCAACGGAAAUGGUUCUAACUAUAACAAUACUUAUCAACAGGGAAUGUAUCCGCCUUACAGUCCUAGAUAUGUAUAUUGCGGGCCGGUCUCAGGUUAUGGGAGUGUGGCUGAAUAUCCUUAUGGAGUUGGAACUUUCGGAGGUAGUUAUCCUGUUGGAGCAUACCCUGGAAUUGGUUACAGUAUCACUUCUUUGAUGCCUAGGGGCCCCACAAUGGCUGGUUUCAGGGGAAGUCCAUUGCCUUAUGGCAAUGCUGGAGUUGUUUAUCCCGCCUACAUGAAUGGUGGCAUCGGAGUAAUGAGCAUGGCUGCUAACGGAUAUGGAGGAAUUUUGGGUGCUGGGAUAAAUGAGAAAUCUGGUCAAGUUAGUGUUAGAGAUGCUCAAGGGGUAUCUAAUUAGGUGCCUAUACAAAUUAGAUGGGAAAAUGUAGAUAUCAAUUCUUUUAUUCUGCUGGAAGCUUCAGUGCUGCUGCUACCAAACAGAGUGAAGAGGUAAUGUGGAGCGACUUAAAGCCUUAUUAUGCUGAUCAUUCUAACCGACUGCUUUGUGACUGAAUGUGGAUAUGAUGACAAGUUAGAAAUUCUCAUACUGAUCAAUUGAGGCUGUCUUCUGUCUUUUUAUUUAUUACUGUUGCGUGUGAUGUGCUUUUUUCUUUUUUAAACUCGUUUGCCCAAAUUCAGACAGCUGUAAUAUAUUUUUUCAAAGUUAAUAUUUCUUGU